CAACCAAUGGAAGGUGAAGAAAACUUUUUCUUCGCCUACGUGUGACAGCGUCUUCUCUGGUUGUGACGGUGCCCACGGGCGGGCUAGGGAGAAGAACAACAAAAAAGCAUCAUUUGAGCGACAGACAAGAUAAGAAAACGCCGAAGUUUAUUCUAGAAGGUCGGAAAGGGAGGGACAGGAGUGGGGCGGUAUGGAGCGAAGGAACUGGAGGCGGGGAAAGGCGGAGCUCGAGGAGAGGGGAAACUUCCUGGGGGGGAGCCGCUCCGUGAACUACUGUACCUCUGGUAGCACAGCCUGAUUCACCGGGGGCUGGAAGGGAAGGGAGGGAGGCCAUGGAAGAAUAUCAAGUGACACUGAAGAAACUCAACUCUGACAUUGAAGAAGCGAGCCGAGGAGGGCGGAAAACUGCCUCCCUGAUGGUUGUAUUGCUGGCUCAUUCCACGGAAUGUGUACUGAAUCAGUCUAUCAGGAGAUAACUUGAACCGGGAGAGGAAGGACGUGCCCAAAAUAGAAGCUGGAACGCUGAUGAUCCCAACACGGGUUAUAGGAAAGUUUGCCUUCGAUCACUACUGUGGUGCCAAGUCUCCGGUCCCUGCCUCUCCCGAGUGACUCGCUUGGGGCGCUUAUGGAGCCAGCUGCUUCCCGGCACUUGUCCCCACCAGACGCGCUUCUCUUCUCUCUCCUCAGCUUGUUUGCAUUGGGCUCAGGUAUUAGAUACUUGUCUGAUUCUACCUUUUUGUUGAACAGUCCAAUUUACUGUCGUGGGGCCAGCUGAUCCAAUCCUGGCCAUGGUGGGAGAAAAUACCAUGUUUUGCUGUCACCUGUCACCUGAGAAAAAUGCUGAGGACAUGGAGGUGCGGUGGUUCCGGUCUCAGCUCUCUCCCGCAGUGCUCGUAUAUAAGGGCAGGCAAGAGAGAACAGAGGAGCAGAUGGAGGAGUACCAAGGAAGAACAACCUUUGUGAGUGAAGAUAUCAGCAAGGGGAGCAUGGCGCUAAUCAUACACAAUGUCACAGCCCAUGACAGUGGCAUCUACCACUGUUAUUUCCAAGAAGGCAGAUCCUAUGAUGAGGCCAUCAUGCGUCUGAUGGUGGCAGGCCUGGGCUCUGAGCCCCUCAUUGAAAUGAAGGGCCACGAGGAUGGGGGCAUCCGACUGGAGUGCACUUCUGUAGGAUGGUACCCAGAGCCCCAUACAGUGUGGAGAGACCCUGAUGGUGAGAUCAUGCCUACCCUGGAGGAGGAUCAUGUUCAGGACGCAGGUGGCCUCUUCAUGGUCACCACGGCUGUGAUCAUCAGGGACCGCUCUGUGAGGAACAUGGCCUGCUCUGUCAACAACACCCUGCUUGGCCAAGAGAAGGAAACUAUGAUUUUCAUUCCAGAACCCUUCAUUCCCAGAACAUUUCCCUGGAUAGUGGUCCUGGCUGCCAUCCUGCUUGGUGUGCUUCUUCUCAUUGCUGGGAGCACCUGUCUCAUCAAGAAGCUACACAGGGAAAAAGAGGUUCUGUCAGUGGAAAAAGAAGUUGAAAAUGAAGAGAAAGAAAUUGCACAGCAACUUCAAGAAUUGCGAUGGAGAAGAACACUCUUACAUGCUGCUGAUGUGAUCCUGGAUCCAGACACUGCUCAUCCUGAGCUCUUCCUGUCAGAGGACCGACGAUGUGUGAGACGGGGCCCCUCCAGGCAGAGCGUGCCUGACAACCCAGAGAGAUUCAACUGUCAGCCUUCUGUCCUGGGCCUGCCGAGCUUCUCCUCAGGAAGACAUUACUGGGAGGUAGAGGUCGAAAACAUGAUGGUGUGGGCUGUGGGGAUUUGUAGAGACAGUGUUGAGAGGAAAGGGGAGGCACUACUGGUUCCUCAGAAUGGCUUCUGGACCCUGGAGAUGUUCGGAAACCAGUACAGGGUCCUGUCCUGUCCUGAAAAGAUUCUCCCCCUGAAAGAGCGCCUUCACCGGGUGGGCGUCUUCCUGGACUAUGAAGCUGGAGAUGUCUCCUUCUAUAACCUGAGGGAUAGAUCACACCUCUAUACGUGUCCCCGCUCACUGUUCUCUGGGCCCCUGAGGCCCUUCUUUAGGCUGGGGUCUGAUGACAGCCCCCUGUUCAUCUGCCCAGCAUUUACAGGGGCCCAGGGAGUCCUGGUGCCUGAGGGAGGCCUGAUCCUUCACAGUGUAGGGGCUCACAACAGCCACUAGGACCAAUUUCCUGGUCUCAGAGCCACAUAGAAAAAUCCUGGCCAUCUCUACUACCACAGCACAGUGCCCCCUGGAGUAAAUUGGCCCUCCUUCCCUCUGGUCACAAAAGACAACUCCCACCAGAGGCCCUCACACUUCCUCAGGACCCAGCCCCAUCUCUCCCUCAUUAGGCUGCUGCUUUAGUAACCCAUUUGCAUGUAACCAUGGAGCAGCAUCCAGUCUCAGGGUAACUAGUGCUGCCAUAAGGCUCCCAACCAAGAAUAAAGUGUGAGAAAGUGACAGAAAGAAAACCUGCUGCUUUGACACUAGAGUGACUCAUUCAGCCUGAGACUCCAGUUGACAUCAGACACUAUGGACUCUGGGGUGAGGGCAACAGGACACACUAAGAUGUAAGCAGGGAGUGGAAACCACAACUGAUUUGGAGGAAGCAAGACCAGAAAGCUGGGAGGGGGCCAAUUCUGUGGACAUGGGUAAGCCCAACUCUUAACAGCCAAGGGGUCCCAAAGGCUAAUGGUUCCACCUAUACCACCACACCGAAGAUUGCCAAACACGGUAAUGCUCUCCAGGCCUAGCACUGGAAUGAAGAAGGAUGGAGGACAAGGUACAUCUGGGUCUGGCCUGGAUCAGGUGUCCCUGCAAUUAACAAGGUGUCACUACUCAGUUAUUGAGAAUGGCCUAAGGCUUAAGGUCCCAGCUGAGUAGGUGAGUACUGGACUGAGUGGAUCACAAGGUUCAGGUUAAGUGGGGAGAAUGCUAGUUUUAAACACUUAAAAAUUGUCGAGGACUGUAAAGAGCUUCUGCUUACUGGAUUAUAUUUGUCAAUAUUUAUGACAGUAGAGAUUGAAACUGAAAUUCUGUUAAAUGUAUUUAUUAAUUUAUAUUAAAAUAGCAAUAACAAACCAAUUAUAAGUUAAUAUAAAAAUAUUUUAUGAAAAAUAACUAGUUUCUAAAACAAAAUAAAUUUUGUUCAGAGUGUGGCUUUCUUGAACAUUUUCAUAAAUGUGAUGUCCGGCUUACUGGAAGAUGGCUAGAUCCUCACAUCUGCCUCUGUAUUCAGUGUUCGGAUAUCACAGGUCCCGUAGUCUCUAGAAAAUUUCACUGAACACUAGUGAGAGAAUGAGAGCAAAAACAACAAACAAUGUCUUAGUGUUAUUAUUAGGGAAAUAGUAUUUGCCUUGUGGAUUCCUUAAAAGUGUAACAGGGACCUCCCAGAAAUCUGAAAACCAUGUUUUGAGAAGCAGGAUAGAGGAUCCUGUAACUGAGUCAGUAUCGAAAAUAGCCUAAAUGGUAGUGUUUAGGAUAAUUCGAUAAUUAAGUAAUCCAGUUGUAAAAAGUGGAAAAAAGUGGUGUGGAAAAUAAAGUAUUUAAAAUCUCUAAAAUUUUCUUACUGUAGUUACAAAUGGGCACAUUCUGGAAAGAACCAGGAACACUGAAAUAUCUGACUUGUUAAGAUGGAAGACUGAAUUAUGUAUGUGUAUGUGUUGUUUUUAUUUUUGGUGUUAUAUUAUUUGAACAGUUUUCACUAAAAGCACCAGACUGAGUUGGGAAGGUAAUGCUGCUAAUUACUGGCUGUAUUAAUCUUAAGCAAAUUAUAGCUUUUCAGUGUUUCAGUAUCAUGGAAAAUAAGGCUUCAAGUGGGUUGUAUCUCUUUUAUUAUAGUUCAUGAAUGCUUUCACUUAAGCUGUAUAUAUAUGUUUUCACAACAGAUAUCUUUAUCCAUGAUGAUUUAGUGAAGCCUAGCAAGUUAAGGUGAUAUUUUUUUGUUCAAGGAAAAUAGAGUUUUCAUUCAUACUUUUUUUGAUACCUAAUGCCUCUCUUUAAGGUGCCUUUCAAACUUAAAAUGAAAAUGUUUUAAGUAUUUACUGAAGCUAGACAUGAACCCAAUCCUAUACUAGCCACUAUAGGAUCAUCAUAAUAGUAUAAAACUUGGCCCUUCCCUCCUCUUUCAGUCUUUCAUUCCUAUUUGUACUUAUUUGUUUACUCUAAAAGAAUUUCACUCUUUGAUGUGUCAACUGUGUAAUGUGUGGUUCCAUGAAGGAAAUAAGCAGGGUGAUGUUAUGGAGAGGAGUUGUCGGGGAGGGAGGGUUACUUCAGAUGGCAAAGGUAGAGAGGGCCUCCUGGAGGAAGUGAUGGGUUUUCUGAGACUUGAGAACUAGGAAAGAACCAGCCCUGUGAGAGCUGAGAGACAGCUGCUGAGCAGAGGGAACAAGGCACACGAGUCCCCAGGCAGGAAUAAACUAACUAGUUGAAGUAACAUAAAGAGGCUCCUACAGUCAGAGCAGAGACUGAGAACAGGACAGGCAGGACACUGACCAAAGGAGACCCUCUGGGACCUCAUAGCAAAGUGCUGAGAAUCAAACAGAAGCAGUAUUAUGAAAAAACUAAAGCUCACAUGAACAGAAAAUGUCUGUAGUUACCCAAAUGUGAUUUUUUUUACUUCCUCUUCCCAGAAGGAUUCCUCAUUCUUAACAGCACAAGGAAUUUGAUUUUCCAUAAUUGCCUUCUUUUUCCUGGGGUUGAAGGCUAGGGGUGAAAUGGAGUAGAGUAUGGAGAAAAGGAGAAUGGGCCCCAGGGACUCUUCUCUCCUUUUGGUGUCACCAGUCAAGCCUUGUAUACUGAUCUCAGCCCUCAGUGGCUCUCAGUUCCCCAGAUACAGCAAAAUUGCUUAGUAUCUAAAGCCAAAAGGGACUUCCUACAUAUUUCUAAGAACACAAACAGAAAUUAAAAAAGGAUUCCUUGUUCAUGAUUUAUUGAUAAUUUUUCAGUAAUCAAGUGUUCACAGAAGGGAGCAGUCACUCCACUGUAUGCUUCAUGAACACAUUCCAUCCUCCUUCCCACAUCUUUAACUCAAAUCUUAAUUGGUUGACUUCUGUUUAUUUUCCAAAGAAACUCAUUAAAGAUUUCAGAGAAUUCUGAGAUUUCCCCCCAUAAGCAAGCCUUUGUAUCUCUUAUAAAACCUCUCUUUUAUUGCAGAAUGGAAAAAGUACUACUAUAUUCAGGUCAGUGGCUCUUCAUUUCUCUGGGACACUGAGCUCCUACCUCCAUGGAUUCAAAGCCUCAGGAUACACAGAAAUGAAAAAUACUGACAGCAGUUUAGUGAUGAGGAUGGAGAGAAGAGAGAUGGUGUAAACUGCUUCAAUAUUCUCCUUCCCCAAUUAACUUCAAGGCACACUAAUCUGUAGCUGAUAAUAAGGAAGUUGGUAUGGGGGCGAGCAGGGUGGAUAGGGGUUAGGGGUUGGGACCAC